CUUUCUUUUCAAAAUGUCCAACAUGAACAUCGAUUCCGAAAAUACUAUUGAUGAAGGCCUCUACUCGCGCCAGCUUUAUGUACUUGGCCAUGAGGCCAUGAAAAAGAUGAGCGGUGCUCAUGUUCUCAUCGUUGGUCUUAAGGGUCUUGGUGUAGAAAUUGCCAAGAACGUUAUCCUGGCCGGUGUCAAGAGUGUUACUCUUCACGAUGAUACACCUGCACAAAUUAGCGACCUGUCUGCUCAGUUUUACCUCAGACCUGAAGACGUUGGCAAGCCUCGCGCCCAGAUCUCGCAGAAAAGAUUAUCUGAGCUCAACCAAUAUGUUCCUGUACAUGUAAUCGAAGGUGCUUUGACCGAAGAAAUCCUGAAGAAAUACAAAGUUGUUGUAGUCACCGAGAGCCCCUUGAGCCAACAGCUUGAGAUCGGUGAGAUCUGCCACGCCAACAACAUUCACUUCAUCUCCACUGAAGUUCGUGGUCUGUUUGGUCGUAUCUUUAAUGAUUUCGGGGAGAAAUUCGAGGUUUUGGAUGCCACUGGUGAGGAGCCCUUGACUGGCAUGAUCGCUGCCGUAACAAAGGACGAAGAGGGUAUUGUGACAUGUUUGGAUGAGACACGCCAUGGCCUUGAAGAUGGCGACUAUGUGACCUUUAGAGAAGUUCAGGGCAUGAAUGAAUUAAACGAUAUCACACCCCGCAAGGUCAAGGUUUUGGGUCCAUACACUUACAGUAUCGGAAACACUUCCUCAUUCGGUGAUUACAAAUCGGGUGGUAUUUUUACUCAAGUGAAGUUGCCUGUCCAUGUUGAUUUUAAAUCUUUCAAAUCGUCCUUGUCCUCUCCUGAAUUCCUUAUUUCUGACUUUGCAAAGUUUGAUCGACCCAUUCAACUCCAUUUGGGAUUCCAGGCUCUCUACAAAUUUGUUGACUCCAUUGGUCGUCUCCCUAAACCUCACAAUGACGCCGACGCCGCUGAAGUCUACAAACUGACUGUCGCUUUAGCUGAAAGCCACGAAGACAAACCCGAGAUUGAUGAAAAGCUUAUUAAGGAGUUGGCUUACCAAGCUGCUGGUGAAAUUUCACCUAUGGUAGCUAUCUUUGGUGGUCUUGCUGCUCAAGAGGUUUUGAAGGCCGUCAGCGGAAAAUUCAACCCAAUUCACCAAUACAUGUAUAUGGAUGCUCUUGAGGCCUUACCUACCAGUGUAGCACGUACCGAAGAACUAUGCGCUCCAAUUGGAUCCCGCUAUGAUGGUCAAAUUGCUGUAUUUGGUCGCGAAUUCCAAGAGAAACUGGCCAAUACCAAGGAGUUCCUUGUUGGAGCUGGUGCCAUUGGUUGUGAGAUGCUCAAGAACUGGGCAAUGAUGGGUCUUGGUACUGGUGAGAAUGGUGGCUUGACUAUCACCGAUAUGGAUACCAUCGAGAAAAGUAACUUGAACAGACAAUUCUUAUUCAGACCUAGUGAUGUUGGCAGCUUGAAGUCUGGUGCCGCUGCCGCUGCCGUGUGCAAGAUGAACAGUGAUUUGGAGGGAAAGAUUACUAUCCACCAAGACCGCGUUGGCCCUGAAACAGAAAACAUCUACGAUGAUGAUUUCUUUGAGUCAUUGACAGGUGUCACAAAUGCCUUGGAUAACGUAGAGGCUCGCAAAUAUAUGGAUAGACGCUGUGUCUACUACCGUAAGCCUCUCUUGGAAUCUGGUACUUUGGGAACCAAGGGUAACACACAGGUUAUUCUUCCCUUCUUGACCGAGUCGUACUCUUCUUCCCAAGAUCCCCCAGAGAAGUCUAUUCCUAUUUGUACUCUUAAGAACUUCCCCAACGCUAUUGAGCACACUAUCCAGUGGGCACGCGAUUUGUUCGAGGGUUACUUUAAGCAGCCCGCAGAUAACGUUAACCUUUACUUGACUCAGCCCAACUUUGUCGAGACCACAAUAAAGCAGGGUGGCAACCAAAAAGAAGUCAUUGAGACUGUUUACAACUAUCUUGUCGCCGACAAGCCUUUGUCCUUUGCUGACUGUGUUGCCUGGGCUAGACUAAAGUUUGAAGAGAUGUACCACAACAAUAUUUUGCAGCUUCUGUUUAACUUCCCUACUGACUCUGUUACUUCCACUGGACAACCCUUCUGGUCUGGUCCCAAAAGAGCACCCGUACCAAUCGAAUUUGAUCCCAACAACCAGAUUCACAUGGACUUUAUUAUUAAUGCUUCUAAUCUCCAUGCCUACAACUAUGGCCUCAAGGGUGAGACCGAUCAAAAUUACUUCCGCCGCGAAUUGGAGAAUGUUAUCGUUCCCGAAUUUAAGCCCAAACAGGGAGUCAAGAUUCAGGUGGUCGAGAAUGAAAAUAUUGCUCAGGAUGACAGUGAUUCGUUGGAUGAUGUUAUCAACAGUUUGCCUGUACCAUCAACCGUUGCUGGUUUCAGAUUGACUCCUGCUGAAUUUGAGAAAGAUGAUGACACCAAUUUCCAUAUUGACUUUAUCACAGCUGCUUCUAACUUGCGUGCUAUUAACUAUGGCAUUGCUCCUUCUGAUCGUCACAAGACCAAGUUUAUUGCAGGCAAGAUCAUCCCUGCUAUUGCUACCACCACAGCUCUCGUGACAGGUCUUGUGUGCAUUGAACUCUACAAGAUCAUUGACGGCAAAGACGAUCUUGAGCAGUACAAGAACGGUUUUGUGAACCUUGCUUUACCAUUCUUUGGUUUCUCUGAGCCCAUUAAGAUGCCAACUAUGGAAUAUAAUGGAAAGGAGUUCAGUCUGUGGGAUAGAUUUGACAUUACAGGCGACAUCACUCUUCAGGACUUUAUUGAUUACUUCCAAAAGGAACAUAACCUUGAAGUCACAAUGGUGUCUUCGGGUGUAUCUAUGCUUUACUCAUUCUUUAUGCAGAAGAAGAAGGCAGAGGAACGUUUGGGAAUGAAGCUCUCCAAACUUGUCGAGACUGUUUCAAAGAAGCCUAUCCCCUCUCAUGUCAAGUCUCUGAUAUUCGAGAUUUGUGCUAAUGAUCCCGAGGGUGAAGAUGUAGAGGUGCCUUAUGUCAGAGUAAAGAUCAGACCUUAAAGUGUAUGUAUAUGAAAUAUUAUAUAUAUAUAUACGUGCUUGUGUGCGCGAAAGCGAGUUUUGGUGCAUUAAAUAAAUAAGUAAAUAAAUAAAUAAAGAUAUACAUUGGAUGAUCCCAUUUCAUCUCGCUCUCUUAUUUUUAUACUAUAAAAUAU